GUUUUUUUUUUUGGGGGGGUCUCGAAACGUUUUCCGCAAUUUGACAACCUCCUCCGCGUGUUGUGUCCUGGCGCGCCGGUCGAUGUCGCGCCGGGGGGGUGUUUCGACGCCGAAUUCAAAUACGGCAACCAUUCCAGCAUUUUACCAUACAUACACUCCGCAGAUCAUUGACAAGAUCGUUUCGGAUGUUACGUUAGGUCGUGCUCUCGUCUUCGACGUGCAGUUCAUCCGUGAAAGUUUGGGUGUGCGUGUUUCCCCCCUUGGGGUGGUGGACGAUCCGAAAUUCCGCAUCAUUCAUGAUCGCACAUUCACAGCGGCUGGUGCGUAGUCUAGCGUCAAUGCAGAUACAGAUUUUGAUCGCCCCCCCGAGUGUCUGUUGGGACAUGUACUUUUCGAUAUCUUGUCGCGCGUCCUCUUUUUGCGCCAAUUGCACGGGCCGACUCUCGAGAUUUUGCUCUGCCGUGUUGACGUGCGUGAGGCUUUUCGCCAAGUGUUGAGUCGAUCCUUCGAGGGCGUCGGUAUUCGGAUACACGAUGGGGGACGUGGUCGUCAUCGACCUUCGUUGCCAGUUUGGUUGGCGUUCCAGCCCAGGUUUUUGGUCGCUGUUUGGUUCCGCUCUUGAGCAUGCACACACCCACACUACUUUUCAGACAGCUUCUGUGUUGCCUGCCGGAGUUGCGGCGGUUGAUCAUGUUCAGCUUGUUCCUCCCCAAAACCUCCCCGUAUCGUUACCGCGUGAUUGUGCCCAAAUUUCUAAGGAGGGCAGUUUCGCUGGUUCCGCGUUUGUUUUUCGUUCGGUAUUAUGUGGAUGACGGUGUGCUUGUCGAGGCGCGAUUUUUCACGGAUGGUCGUCGUUGCCUACGUGCAGUGCAGUCGAUCGCGUUGGACCAUUUCCGUCUGCUGGGACACCGGGGGCCAAACAAUCCUCCGUUGUUGUCUGCAAAGAUAAUCACCGAUUUUUCGACGCGUUUGGAGGUGUUGGGAUGGAUUUUUGACACGAAAACUCUCAGAGUGACCAUGCCUCUGCGAAAACAACAGAAAUUACACCGUUUGUUGGGCGAGUGGCCGCGGUCGCGUCGGUGUGCGACCGCCCGUCACGUCGCGGAAAUGACCGGUUUUCUUCUUCACGUGUCUUUUGCCUUGCGUCCAGGCAAAUUUUUCGUCGGCUGUCUGUUGGCUGACGUCGGCAUGCCGCAGUCCGAGGUGUUCCCUUCGCGUGUUUCUAACCCCAAUCGGCGUGUCGUGUUGGGGCCCAUGUUUCACGAUGAUUUGGAUUUUUGGAGCUGGUUUGUGCAGCGAGGUCUGGCGUCGCGUGGCGGCCAGUUGUGUGCACCGAUGUACAAUGUGGUGCUUCGUCCUCCGGUAACGGCUGUGUUUGCCGAUGCUUCCAAAACGGCGCUUGGAGCAUACUGCUGUGUGCAAACUGGGUGUUAUUUCCGGCGUGAUCUGACGUGUGACGAGCAGUCCCGCUUUGUGGGGUCUAGCAAGUCUGUAUCCGAGUGUGCCGAUGUCAGUAUCAAUGUUCUUGAGCUACUCGGCAUGGUCGCGGCGGCAUGGGUGUUGAUUGUGCAACAGCGUCAUGUGCCGGUGUCGGCUGGUGACUGUAUCCAGUUGCGGGGAGACAAUGAAGCGAGUGUGGCCUGGAUUGAGCGGUGUCGCGGAGGCAAGGAGCCGCGGUCAGGCGCGCUCAUGCGGAUGCUGGGGGCGAUUGAAGUGUCUAGCGGAUGGUUUUUCCAAUCGUCCCAUGUGCCUGGUGUGCUCAAUUCGCUUGCUGAUGGUAAAUCUCGCUGGCCUGCCGCUGAUGUGUACGACAACCUUUGUGCCGCUGCCCCCCAUGUACGAUGGCAGGAAUUGGAGUUGAAUCGAGCCGGGCAAGAGCUCUGCCGUGCUGGGGCCAGCCUCGUCCACCAGUCACUUGCGCGAACGUCUGAACGAACUUACCUGGGCCUUUUUGGANGAUGGUUUUUCCAAUCGUCCCAUGUGCCUGGUGUGCUCAAUUCGCUUGCUGAUGGUAAAUCUCGCUGGCCUGCCGCUGAUGUGUACGACAACCUUUGUGCCGCUGCCCCCCAUGUACGAUGGCAGGAAUUGGAGUUGAAUCGAGCCGGGCAAGAGCUCUGCCGUGCUGGGGCCAGCCUCGUCCACCAGUCACUUGCGCGAACGUCUGAACGAACUUACCUGGGCCUUUUUGGAGGCUGGGUGAAAUAUCGUGUGAUCGUGGUGCACCGGCCGGUUUUUUUAUUGCUGCCGAGGCUGUUCCGCGUGAUGUCGUUGCUCAAUUGCUUGAGUACGUCGCGUAUUGUUUUUCCGUUUUGGGUCUACAACAAUCGACGAUCGCUAGUCAUUUGUCCGCUUAAGUUCUUCCAUCGUGUGUCGGGUGAAGGGGAGCUUGAUACGCAGCAUCCGCUGGUGCGUUGUGCUUUAGGUGGGGCGGCGCGGGGGCAUGCCGACGUGGGCACACAGCAGCGGUUGCGACGGCCGGUGUCUUGGGCGAUGUUGCAACGGGGGAGUUCGCUGGUAUCGCAAUGGGGGGUAGGCGGGCGCGUUUUUUUUCUUGCGCUGAGUGCUUCUCUCUUCUUCCUGACGCGAGCAUCCGGAAUGUUUGCGGUGUCGAAAUUGUCUGUGCAUGAGGUUCAUGGAUUGCGUCGGGGGGACGUAGCGUUUUUUCGGGGGUUGGUCCAGCUGUUGCAGUCGGCGCAGUGGCCAUUGGCCGAUCGCGUGGAGGUACGUUUUCGUUCGUCGAAAGGGGACCAGUUUCGGAAGGGGGCGGUUUGCACGCGCACACGGCAAGGUCCGUGCUGUGGGGUUGACCGAGGGGGUGGUGCAGUGGAUGUCAUGGUGGAGCUGCUUUCUCUGUAUACCUUUUUGCCUUCGCAUGCGCCUCUCGUGGCUUUCGGUGUUGGUCAGGGUCAGUGGGCCAUUUGGACUAAGUGUCAAGCUACUGUGUGUGGCUCUUCGCCAAGUGGUUGCGUUGGCGGGUUUGCAGCCCGAGGAGUACGCGCUGCACUCCCUGAGAAUUGGGGGCGCAACUUUCUUGGCGGCGGGGGGUGCUUCGCCGGAGGUUCUUCGAAGGGAAGGGCGUUGGUCGGGGCAGAGUAGAUACCAGUGUUACGUUCGGAAUGUUGGGGGUGACGCUUCGUGGGUGUCAGAGGUGUUGGCGAACAAGGAGAAGGUGACUACACAGCCAGGGUAGGGUACCCGAUGGGGUGACGUGUGAAGGGCUUCCGUGGCACGUUGUGUAUGUCGAGAUCCUUGUUGUACCGAUGGUAUUUUGCUGUACAUAUUGUAGGUUGUACAUAUCGUAUGUUUUAUA